AUGACCCAGCCUCAGCUUAAGCUCACCUACUUCGACGGCAAGGGCCGCGCCGAGCUUUCACGCUUGAUCCUCAACUCUGCUGAAAUCGCCUUCACGGACGACCGUAUCACGCAUUCUGACUUCGCGGCGCUCAAGCCGACACUGCCGCUCGGCCAAGUGCCCGUCCUAGAGCUGGACGGCAUGGUUUACGGCCAGAGCAUGGCUAUCGCUCGCUACGCUGCCAAGAUCGCUGGCUUGUAUCCUAGUGAUGCGACCGAGGCUCUGAAGGUUGACGUGUUCUCGUGCUCGCUGGAAGACCUCGAUGGCCCCAUCGUGGAUUUCAUGUUUAAGACGUCGGAUGAAACCGAGAAGGCCCAGAAGAAAAAAACCGAUUUGCAAUUCCUCGACUUCGUUGACAACAAACUCAAGUGGGCGCUCCCUGACUUCAAGGUGGACGGCUUCCCCAAGCUCACGGCGCUGCUGAGCAAUGUCAAGGCGGAGCCCAAGAUUGCCACCUACCUGUCGAAGCAGUAA